AUGCUCGUAUACAUACACACACAUACAAUAGCAUGUCUCCUCGUUGCCCAGCUUGUCAGUUUUGAAAGAAACCUGAGAAGCGAUUUUAGAUGGGCCCAUUUUUUCUUGGGUCGCCCCCUGUUAGGGGCGGAGGCAAGGUCUGGACAGACUAGGAAUCCCGAAGGAGUUCCCAACCUCGGGCUGUACGUCAGCAUGGAAUUUCCCGCUAUCUGCGGUUUCUCCUUUUUACAUAUCAUGAAUGAGUCAACUCUCGAUCUUCUUCGCUCCAUGUUACUUAAUAGACCACCGAUCCUCAGGCUGGCCAGUAUUAACCCGUCCACCGACAUUUGGCUUGCAGACCACGAGUAUGUCAUGGAAGGCCUUGCCGAUUUGUCGAUUAGCGGUCUUCUUAAAGUAUUCGGGUUUGACGUCGUCGGCAACCUGCUUAUUCUGCCUUACGGUCAGAAAUUUCGGUAA